AUGGCUACUCGUUUUCUCGCAAGACAUCCCACGAACUUUGUAGUUCGUAAAUCUGCCGGUACUAUUCGCAAUUAUGCAGCCACUGUGGCUUCGGAGGGUAAAUCCGAAUUUGUAGCUAAACGCGAAGCCGUCGAGGAGCACGCAAAGGGUACAGAAAAGUUAUGGAAAAAUAUUUGCAUCUAUGUUUGCGUACCCGCCCUUGUCCUUUCUGCCGGAAAUUCUUACCGACUCGAGCAACAACAUAAGGAACAUAAGGAACACAAAGGGGCACACUCGACAUCCGAACGUCCUCCAUACCAAUACCAGCGAAUCAGAAACAAACCUUUCCCAUGGGGUGAUGGCGAUAAGACUCUUUUCCAUAACCCGGAGAUUAAUCACUAG